AUGGCUCGUAAACCUAAACGCAAAAGUAAAAUAAAAAAGAAGGCCAAGCCGCCGCCUGUGACAGAAGAUGAAAUGAAAAAGCAGGUUUCAAACCGACGAGACCAGAUGCCAGAAGGUCAAAAGCGGAAAUCUUUCUCAUUUGAAUGGGCGUCAGUCCCGAUCCCCAAGACUAUGGAAACAGAAAUGGGGCGGAGGGUGGUCAAGAGAGGCAAAUACAACGCUAUAUCUGAUUCUGAUAAGGAAGACAUUUCUGAAUACAUUGCCACAUCCAAAUCUGCCAUGACACUUUCCCAAGCUAUCUCGCUACGAGCUGCAGUUCUACAGGAAAAGACGAUGAAUCGUCACCAUGCUGUAUUGGGUAGAAAUGCAAAAGAGAUCACCGAUCGAUACCAACGUGGUCAAGGUAUCCUUUCCUUGUCCAAGAAAUAUGACUCUCCUCCCGUCAACCUUUUCAGAGUCAUUCUUUCGGGAAGAGGAUUCCAAAAGAGCCAAAUCAAACAGUGUUUCAAGAAUCCUGAACAUCAUUUGAAUGAGAGAGAUUGUCAAGAAUUUCAAAAGGCCUGCAGAGAAGAUGUCGUCUCGAGUCCCAAUUGCGACAAAGCACACGAGCAAGCCGAACGGUUUGAAACCAUUACAGAACAGUUUCUCAAGGAUUUGGGAGUGGCCUUUUUAACCCAAACUGAUCUUAUAAAAGAGCAAAAACCAAGAUAUGGCAAAAUUGUGGCUUCACCAGAUUUCCUUCUGCUCGACGAUGUAAUGGUAAAUGGACAGUACGUUCGUUGGAUCGAUUGUAAGGCGUUUUAUGGCGCCAAUGUCAAUUGCCGCAAGAAGGGAGUGCAGAAGCAAACUGCACGGUAUCAAGAAUAUUGGGGUAGUGGGGCAAUUAUCUUCUUGGAGGGUUUUAGUGAAGGGUUGUUGGGCAUUGCGGACUGUACUUGUCUCUCGGCCCGACAAUUUAUGGAGACACGCUACUUUGAGCCGUUGUCUGAGCAAUACGCCAUUGAGGCGACGACAGUGCAAGGCGACCAAGGCUGA